AUGUCUUGUAGCCACGCAAGCCAUACGACGGACUACGCCUUCAAAGAUAAUUCAGAGGAGAUUUGUUCCCAAUCAAAUACACUAGUAGACAGCAUAGAAACGAACUCUGCCCUAAUCAAUGGUGUCGUUGAUGCCAUUGAUGCAACACAGGAGAACAACACUGCUGUCAUCAAGUCCGCGUGUACAUUGCACAGGACUAUAUCAAUUUUGGAGUUGCCAGAAUCUACGACACAACAAUCAGAUGAGGUAGUAGAUAAAACUAGACAACCUUUGAUUCGCCCUCAAGUUGGAAUGACUUUUGAUUCAGAGGAUAAAGCUUAUGAGAUGUACAACACCUAUGCUGACAGGCAGCUCAUUGGUCAGAUAAGAGAAGCUGGAAUGAAGCCAGCCCAGGUGUAUGAGUUCAUGAAAGAGUUUUAUGGAGGAUCUGACAAAGUUCCAUUCGCACAGAUGGAUAGCAACAAUGAGAUCGGUCGUGAGCGGAAGAAGUACUUAGAGUCCAAUGAUGCACAGUCAUUGUUGGAUUACUUGAAAAAUAAGCAGAAAGAUGAUCCUGCAUUUUUUUAUGCUGCUCAAAUAGAUGAGGAAGAUGGCCGGAUAGCUAAUUUCUUUUGGGCAGAUGGGCCCAUAAUUCAGAAUUAUCCUGACACAUUUUUACCUGAAUUUAAGAGAUGUGUGUAUGAAGAUAGAUCAGAAGAUCUAUUCAUCCAGAAGUGGCAGGAAUUGUUGAGUAAGUAUAACCUUGAGAACAACCAAUGGAUGGCAAACUUAUAUGCUUUGAGGAAAAAGUGGGCCGCUGUAUAUCGUGACUCUUUUACUGCCGAUAUGAAUUCAACUCAAAGAAGUGAAGGUAUGAAUAACGUCUUCAAGAAAAGAUUUCGUAGAAAACUUGGACUUACUGAACUUCUUAUAGAGUGCGAGAAGGUUUCUGCUAGCCUUCGUGAAAAUGAGUUAGAAGCGGAUUUUAAUUCACGUCGAAAGAACCCAGUUACUUGCAUCCCAAAUUUACCUCUAUUGAAAACCGCAGCUGAAUCCUAUACAAAGAGGAUGUAUUUGGAGUUUGAGGAAGAAUUUAAAGAAUAUUUUUCAUUCUCUUGUAUACUGUGCAAGCAUGCCUUCAAAGUUUUUAGUGUGAACGAUGUUUUCAAAUUGCCGCCGCAAUAUAUAUUGGGAAGAUGGACCAAAUAUGCAAAAAGAGGAUUUUAUAUCGAGAAACAAGAAACCGGCGAAGAAAGUUUGAAAACGCGUGCUGCGCGUAUCUCACGAAAGGCUACAUCCCUUACAUUGAAAUGUUCAUUGUCAAAAGAACUUCUUGAUGAUUUGGAGAAAGGUAUAGAUAAAUUGGACUUGGAAGCAGAUAUUGCUAUAAGCAAGUUGCAAGAAAAAUCCGAUGAUGUUCCUCUAGUUUCAACUGAAUGUGCUACAGACACAUUGAACGGUACAAUAUCAUUUAGAGUUCCCCAUAUCAUAAAGGGCCCAAAGAAUAAGCGACUCCAAAGUGCAGUUGAAAAAAAUACAUUAAAGAAGAAAAAGAAAAGUUCCAAGACAAAAGGUAUUGAUCCUACCUUUCCUAGCUGA